AUGGCAUCGUCUUAUGAUGUCGGCACGAGAGCAUGGCAGCCUGAUGCUGCCGAAGGAUGGGUAGCCUCCGAGCUUGUCAGCAAGACAGUGGAGGGCGGUAAGGCCAAGCUGGUCUUCAAGCUCGAGAAUGGCGAGGAGAAAACGAUUACCGUCUCCGAGGAGGGCCUCCUGUCCGGAAAGGAUGCUGCUCUGCCGCCGCUCAUGAACCCUACCAUGCUCGAAGCCAGCGAUGAUCUUACCAAUCUCUCCCAUCUCAACGAGCCUGCUGAACAAACCGAUAGCCGUGAUGCACUGCGUGGAGUGCGGCUGAUGCUGACGGAUGUGUUCCCGUUGAUAGUGCUGCAAGCCAUUCGAUUGCGAUAUCUGCAGAAGGAAAUCUACACCUACAGUGGUAUCGUGUUGAUUGCUACGAAUCCCUUUGCUCGAGUCGAGACUCUAUAUGUCCCAGGCAUGGUGCAAGUCUACGCGGGCAAGCAGCGCGCCACCCAGGCCCCUCAUCUCUUCGCUAUCGCCGAAGAGGCGUUCAUGGACAUGCUUCGAGACAACAAGAACCAGACGGUUGUUGUAUCGGGAGAGUCAGGUGCCGGAAAGACUGUCAGCGCCAAGUAUAUUAUGCGCUACUUUGCGACCAGAGAGUCUCCCGACAACCCGAGCGGACGCACGAAGCGCGGCGCCGAUUCCAUGAGUGAGACUGAAGAACAGAUCUUGGCUACCAACCCUAUCAUGGAAGCCUUCGGUAACGCCAAAACGACAAGAAAUGAUAACUCCUCGCGAUUCGGAAAGUACAUUGAGAUCAUGUUUGACGAGAAGACCAACAUUAUUGGUGCCAAGAUUCGCACCUAUCUUCUGGAGCGUUCUCGUCUCGUUUUCCAGCCCUUGAAGGAGCGAAACUACCAUAUUUUCUACCAACUGGUUGCUGGCGCAUCAGCCCAGCAGCGGGAAGAGCUCAACAUCCUCCCUGUCGAACAGUUCGAGUACCUCAAUCAGGGACAGGCCCCAACGAUCGAUGGCGUAGACGACGAGGCUGAAUUCAAGGCGACCAAGGAGUCUCUCACCACUGUUGGUGUUCACGCUGCUGAGCAGGAGGAGAUUUUCAAGCUCUUGGCCGGUCUGCUGCACUUGGGCAAUGUUAAGAUCACGGCUUCCCGAAACGACAGUGUCUUGCCCCCUGACGAGCCUUCUCUGCAAUUAGCUUCCAAGAUUUUGGGUGUCGAUGCCGCCAACUUCGCUAAGUGGAUUGUUAAGAAGCAGCUCAUUACCCGUGGUGAGAAGAUCACCUCCAACCUCACCCAGGCACAGGCCCUCGUUGUUCGAGAUUCGGUGGCCAAGUUCAUUUACUCGAGCUUGUUCGACUGGCUUGUCGAAAUCAUCAACCGAAGUUUGGCAACUGACGAGGUUCUGGCUCGUGUCAAGUCUUUCAUUGGUGUCCUAGAUAUUUACGGUUUCGAACAUUUCGCCAAGAACUCGUUUGAACAGUUCUGUAUCAACUACGCCAACGAGAAGCUGCAGCAGGAAUUCAACCAGCACGUGUUCAAGCUGGAGCAGGAAGAGUACCUCAGGGAGCAAAUUGACUGGACUUUCAUUGAUUUCUCCGACAAUCAGCCAUGUAUCGACCUUAUUGAGGGCAGGUUGGGUGUGCUGUCCCUGCUGGACGAAGAAUCUCGUCUUCCGAUGGGAUCUGAUGAACAGUUCGCUAUGAAGCUGCACCAGAACUUUGGCACUGACAACAAGAACAAGUUCUUCAAGAAGCCUCGAUUCGGCAAGAGCGCUUUCACCGUCUGUCAUUACGCUAUUGAUGUCACUUACGAAUCUGAGGGUUUUAUCGAGAAGAACCGUGAUACUGUGCCCGAUGAGCACAUGAACGUGCUGCGCGCGACCUCCAACGAGUUCCUCAAGUCCGUUCUCGAUGCCGCUGCUGCUGUCAGGGAGAAGGAUGUUGCUUCGGCAUCUUCUGCCGUCAAGCCCGCCGCUGGUAGGAAGAUUGGUGUGGCUGUUAACAGGAAGCCGACUCUCGGUGGCAUCUUCCGUUCUUCUCUGAUUGAGCUGAUGAGCACCAUCAACGGCACGGAUGUCCACUAUAUUCGAUGUAUCAAGCCCAACGAGGCAAAGGAGGCCUGGAAGUUCGAGGGACCCAUGGUUCUGAGCCAGCUGCGUGCUUGCGGUGUCCUUGAGACAGUUCGCAUUAGCUGUGCCGGCUACCCCACUCGUUGGACUUAUGAAGAAUUUGCUCUUCGAUACUACAUGCUUGUUCACUCGAGCGGUUGGACGUCUGAGAUUCGCCAGAUGGCCGAUGUUAUUCUGAGCAAGGCUCUUGGUACAAGCUCCGAGAAGGGCAUGGACAAGUACCAGCUCGGUCUCACCAAGAUCUUCUUCCGGGCUGGUAUGCUUGCCUUCUUGGAAAACCUCCGUACUAACCGUUUGAACGAAUGUGCUAUUAUGAUCCAGAAGAAUCUCAAGGCCAAGUACUACCGCCGCCAGUAUCUCGAGGCUCGUGAGGCUAUUGUCCUUACCCAGUCCGCCGCCAGAGCCUUCAUUGCUAGGAGACUGGCUAACGAGCUCCGCACUGUGCGUGCUGCGACAACUAUCCAGCGUGUCUGGCGUGGAUCUAAGCAGCGCAAGGCGUUCUUGGCCAUUAGGAAGGACAUGAUUCUGUUUGAGUCUGCUGCCAAGGGUUACCUUCGCCGAAAGAACUUGAUGGAGGAGAGAGUUGGCAAUGCUGCUCUCACCAUCCAGAGAGCGUGGAGGUCCCGGCAGUCUCUCAAGUCGUGGAGACAAUACCGCAGGAAGGUUGUCCUUAUUCAGAGCCUUUGGCGUGGAAGGUCAGCCCGCAAGGAGUACAAGCACAUGCGCGAGGAGGCUCGUGAUCUCAAACAGAUUUCAUACAAGCUUGAGAACAAGGUCGUUGAGCUUACGCAAGCCCUGGGAUCGAUGAAGCAGAAGAACAAGGAUCUGACAUCUCAAGUCGAGAGUUACGAGGGCCAAAUCAAGUCGUGGAAGAGCCGACACAACGCCCUCGAGGCCAGGACGAAGGAGCUUCAGACCGAGGCCAACCAGGCUGGUAUCGCUGUUGCACGUCUACAAGCAAUGGAGGAUGAGAUGAAGAAGCUCCAAGUGGCAUUCGACGAGUCCACUGCCAACAUUAAGAGAAUGCAAGAGGAAGAGCGCGAGUUGCGCGAAUCUCUUCGCCAGUCCAGCAGUGAACUGGAGGAGGCCAAGCGACUGGGCACUGAGCAUGAGAAGGACAGCUCCAGCCUCAGACAGGAACUCGAGGCUCUCCGAGAUGCCUUGGAGGUGGCUAAGCGAAAUGCUCCUCUCAACGGCGAACUGGCCAAUGGAAAUGCUUCCGCGCCCAUCCCCAGCGGUUUGAUUAACCUCGUCUCCUCCAAGAAGCCCAAGCGCCGCAGUGCCGGAGCCGAGCCCCGCGAGGUCGACCGCUUCAGUGGUGCCUACAACCCCCGCCCUGUCUCCAUGGCGGUCACUGGCACAGCCCAUCGUCAAAAUCUGUCUGGAACCACCUUUAUCCCUGGUGUUGACAACAUUGAGGCAGAGCUGGAGACCCUUCUCGCCGAUGAAGAUGGUCUGAACGAGGAAUUGACCAUGGGUCUUAUCCGCAACCUGAAGAUUCCUUCCCCGAACACCACACCUCCUCCUUCAGACAAGGAAGUCCUGUUCCCGUCAUACCUGAUCAACUUGGUCACCUCAGAGAUGUGGAACAAUGGCUUCGUCAAGGAAUCAGAGCGAUUCCUCGCCAAUGUCAUGCAGUCUAUCCAGCAGGAAGUUAUGCAGCAUGAUGGAGAGGAGGCUAUCAACCCUGGCGCCUUCUGGCUGUCUAACGUGCACGAGAUGCUUUCAUUCGUGUUCCUCGCCGAGGAUUGGUAUGAGACCCAGAAGACGGACAACUACGAGUAUGACCGUCUCCUCGAGAUUGUCAAGCACGACUUGGAGAGUCUUGAGUUCAACAUCUAUCAUACCUGGAUGAAGGUUCUCAAGAAGAAGUUGCACAAGAUGAUUAUCCCCGCCAUCAUCGAGUCGCAGUCUCUUCCUGGAUUCAUCACCAACGAGAGCAGCCGUUUCCUUGGCAAGCUCCUUCAGUCCAACUCCCAGCCUGCCUAUAGCAUGGACAACCUGCUGAGCCUGUUGAACAAUGUGUUCCGCGCCAUGAAGGCCUAUUACCUCGAAGACUCGAUCAUCACCCAGACUGUGACUGAGCUUCUGCGUCUUGUAGGUGUCACAGCAUUCAACGAUUUGUUGAUGCGCAGAAACUUCCUCUCAUGGAAGCGAGGUCUGCAGAUUAACUACAACAUUACUCGUAUCGAGGAAUGGUGUAAGAGCCAUGAUAUGCCUGAGGGCACUCUCCAGUUGGAGCAUCUGAUGCAAGCGACAAAGCUGCUCCAGCUCAAGAAGGCAACAUUGAACGAUAUCGAGAUUAUUCAGGAUAUUUGCUGGAUGCUCUCACCCAGCCAGAUUCAGAAGCUGCUGAACCAGUAUCUUGUUGCCGACUACGAGCAGCCCAUCAACGGAGAGAUCAUGAAGGCGGUUGCAUCGCGUGUCACUGAAAAGAGUGACGUGUUGCUGCUGCAGGCUGUCGACAUGGAGGACAGUGGGCCGUAUGAGAUUGCUGAACCACGAUCUAUCACGGCCCUCGAGACCUACACACCAUCUUGGCUUCAAACUCCCCGUCUCAAGAGACUGGCUGAGAUUGUCUCGGCUCAGGCCAUUGCCCAGCAGGAGAAGCUCGAGUAUUCUAAUGGCGACGAUGGCUAUGACACGCGGGAAACCUUGGCCGAAGUGCACGAAGUGGAACCAGAGGAGUAG